AUGGGCUUACUGCGCUACGCUGGCUUUCUCGUUUUUGUUGCCCUUUUGAUUCAUUAUGGUAUUGAUAUGCUUUAUACAAAGCAUCCAUUACACUUUGGAGGAGAGGUAGAUAGCAAGUACGAAGGCGUGCGAGAAGCAUUCAAGCAAAACUUCAUUGAUGGAUGGGAAGCAGAGGGAGCUUCCAUGGCAGUUUUUGUUAAAGGA